CUCUUUGCAGAUGACAACAUACUGUUUGCCAGAGCUACACCACCAGAGUGUCAGAAAAUAAAGGAAAUAUUGCAGAUCUAUGAGUUGGAAUCAGGGCAAAAUGUGAAUCUUCAGAAAUAUGAAAUCAGCUUCUCCCCAAGCGUAAAGGAAGAAAAGGCAACUGAGUUAAUAAACAUCCUAGAAAACAUGUGGCUGGAGGACUCUCGAUUCUAUCUCGAGCUCGACAAAUGGAUGAAUGAGGGUGUCAGUGGAUCGGGAUGUGUUUUCCUCCUCGCUAGGAGACUUUUGCUUGUGAAGUCUAGAGUGAAGGUUUGGAACAAGGAAGUGUUCGGAAACAUUGACACUAAGGUUGAUGAGUUAUCUUGCAAAAUUAUGGAACUGGAUGUGGUUGAAGAACAGCGCCCUCUUCUUGAAGAGGAAAUGUGCAGAAGAGCUAAUAUGGCCUUGGAACUUAGUAGGGCCUUGUAUUUGAAGGAGAUAUGUUGGAGGCAAAAAUCGAGAGAAGGGUGGAUCAAAUUGGGGGAAAGAAACACAGGGUAUUUUCACAAAGCUGCGAAUUACAGAAGGAAGUUAAAUUUCAUAAACAGAAUUAGGAUCAAUGGACAAAUGAUUGAAGACAAGGAGGAUUUGGGAAUGGUAUUGUUAAUUAUUACAAGGGUCUGUUCUGUGAUUCUAACGAUCAUCGCCCAGUUCCUUCUCGAUUGGCAAAUGUCGUUCUUGGGGAGAGCGACUGUGGGACGCUGGUGAAGCCCUUCUCAGAACAAGAAAUAUGGCUGAAUCUCAGAGAUAGUGAUGGUUGCAAAGCUCCCGGACCCGAUGGUUUCACUAUGGAGUUCUUCAAAAAGAGUUGGCAGAGGCUGAAAGACGAGAUCCUUAAAGCUUUCCAAGAUUUUUUCGAUUCGGGUCUUCUACCCAACUGUGUCACUCAUUCUUUUGUCUGUUUAACCCCCCAAGAAAGACACAAUUGAGGAUAUCAGAGACCUUAGGCCGAUUAACCUGAUUGGGAGCAUCAAUAAACUGAUCAGUAAGGUUCUCUCUAGGAGAUUAAGCAUGGUUUUGCCGAAGCUCGUGUAUAGGAAUCAGUUUUCUUCUGUGAAGGGGAGACAAAUUUCAGAGUCUGGACUCAUUGCAAAUGAACUCGUGGACAGUAGGCGUAGAGGCAGAAAACCAGGGCUCAUGUUCAAACUCGACAUAGAAAAGGCUUUCGAUAAUGUGAAUUGGGAGUGCAUGUUCAGAAUUCUCAAUAUUACGGGUUUCCUAGAGAAAUGGUCAAGAUGGGUUAAAGGCAGUACGCGUUCUUCGUUGAUUUCUAUCUUUGUUAAUGGGGAGGCUAAAGAUUUUUUCAAAGCUUCGAAGGGGUUACGCCAAGGAGACCCCCUUUCUCCCGGCUUGUUUGUUCUCAUUAUGGAUGUGCUAUUGGAUGCUAAAGUCGGUCAGAGAUGCGGGUAAAUUUGAAGGUUUUCACAUGGAUGAAGGUAAGAGGACAAGAGAGGUUACCCAUUUGUUGUUUGCUGAUGAUACGCUAAUUUUUUGUGACGCUCAGUAUGACUAAGUCUUGAAUGUUCUUGCCACUAUUGUCUGCUUCCAAUCGGCGACGGGCCUCAGAAUUAAUCUUGACAAAUCUGUGAUGUAUAUGGUUGGUGACGUGGCUGAACUUAGUUUCUUCGCAAGCAUUUUCGGGUGUAAGUGGAGUAAGGAUCCUCCUAAAUACCUCGGCUUCCCUCUCGGUGGUAAACCUAAUGAAGCUACGAUGUGGGAUCAGAUGAUCGACAAAUGCCAGAAUAAACUCAAUGGGUGGAGGAGCAUGCAUCUUUCUUAUGGGGCGAAGCUGGUCCUGUGCAAGGCUGUUCUAUGUAGCAUGCCUACUUACUUAUUUUCUCUUUUUAAAGCACCAACCUCAGUUAUUAACGAUCUGGAAAAAAUUCAGAAGAGAUUUAUGUGGAAUGGGGCUAGCGAAUCUAAAAGGAUGGCGCUCGUGGAAUGGAAAACGUGUAAAGCUGAGAUAAAAGCAGGAGGGCUAGGGAUUCAUGAUCUCAGGAGUUUCAACGAUGCAAUGCUAGCUAAAUGGUUGUGGAGAUUCGCGCCGGAAAGAAAUAGCUGGUGGAGGGAGCUGAUCGAGAUUAAAUACCCAAACCCCCAAUCGAUUUGGCAGACUGAUCGUGCUCGUAAUGGUUUCUCCCACUAGGUGUGGGCAAAUAUAUCGAAAGUCUACGACUUAUUUUGGAAGUUCGCCUCAAUGGAUCCGGGAAAUGGCACCUCUAUCUCCUUCUGGUACGACGUUUGGUCUCCUGGGACGGUGUUGGCUUUAGCCUUUCCUCGUGUCGCCGUUGCUGCUGCCGACUCCAAUGCCAGCCUCUCCGACGUGGCCUCGUUUGACGACGGGAUGGUGAGAUGAUCUCUUAACCUUAAAUAUUCUUUGAGAGGGGAGGGGGGGGGGGAGAGUGAGAGAGUGCAGUUGUUAAAUUUUCUUCAAAAUCUGGAGGGAUUUAAGCUUAACUCUAGUCCAUGUAGAAUUAUGUGGAAUCCUGACAACAAUUGUAAGUUUUCCGUGAGCUCUUGUUACAGGCAGGUGUCGAAGGACUUGUUCAUCGGUGUCUAAGACUUCCCGGCUAAACAGAUUUGGAGACCAGUCAUUCCCGGGAAAGUGUGUUUCUUUUUGUGGCUCGCUUCUCACAAUAGGAUUCUCACUAUCGACAACUUGAUGAAGCGCGGAUGGACGGUGGUAAAUAGAUGCACGCUAUGAUUCCAAGAAAAUGAAUCGGUGAUGCAUGUUUUGGUGGACUGCGAAUUCACAAUAGAUAUUUGGAAUUCCCUCAGCAGAAAUAGAACGGAGUUGGGAUUCAGGGGGAGGGACAUAAGCUCCUUUGUCAAAAAUACUCCUCUGUCCGAGCCUGUGGAUGUCGGUGGCUGGUUCUUGAGCUGCAUUCUACUUGCUGUAUGGUGGGGAGUGUGGCUUGAGAGGAAUCAAUGGAUCUUUGAAGAGAAUGCGUCGUGUGCUUCCAUGGUGGCUAAGUAAGCGGCAAGGCUCUCUAUGGAAUGGUUGGUUGCGUUCGUUAAAGUGGAGAAAACACAGGGUGAGAAUUGGUUGAAAGAGGCUCUACUCGCCACUUAACUGCCCGUGGUGGUGGCUGAUUGCUCGGAGGGUGUCCUGGCAUGUUGAUCUUGGCAUCAAUGUCUGGAGAGGGAUGAUCGUUUUGUGCUCGGCUUUUUGGGCUGUUGGUACCCUGGUUUCAGUGUUGGUGCUGUCUUGUUUUGCUGGGUAGCCUGUGUAGUCUGUUCCAACAGAAGUGGUCCGGUCCACUGAGUUGGCUCUCAUUCUUGUUCUUCCCUUUUGGUAUUGUGUUUUCUUUUUCUCAAUUUGUGUUUCGCCUUUUGUUGGGUGGGCGCUGGGUUCAUUGCUUAUGAACCAGGACCUUUGACUGUUCCAAUUUUCAUUUUCAUAUCAAUACAUAUUCGCCAUUAUAAAAAAAAACAUUAUUGUGAGUUCCAAUCCUAAUGCUUUCUUCCAAAACCGAGGAUCGUGUAUCCCAAAAAGGAGGGGAUAUAAAAAUAAGAGGUCAAUCUCAUCCCAAGGCAUUCUUUGAACUCCCAAAUUGCUAAAACUUUCUUCCAAGUUUCUCAAUCUCAUUUUGCAAUUCACAAUCAACAUGGAUAUGAUGAAAUUUAGGUAAGGAAUAGCUAUCCAAGGUCAACUGAAAGAAUAAAGGUGGAAUAUAUACCAAACCCUCGAAGAACCUAAAAUCCCCUAUAGCCGGUAAUUAAGGAUGGCCGCCAGAUUGAUUUGCUCCCGAUAGCGAUCAGCGUGAACUUCACGCCGGAGGUAGAAACUGGAAGAUCAUGCAGAUGGUAGAACGCUUAUGGGAGGAGGAACGACGGAGGUAUGGACAACGGAUGUUCGCCGGAGGCGGUGGGGAGCAGGGUGUAGAGAUUUUCUUUUUCAAAUCGAUAGUCUGGGGGAAGGGAAAUUGAGGGUCUAUGGCCCGAAGUUUGGUACUGGUAUUUGGGAUAUAUCGAAUACCGUACCGAAUUUGUUUAUAUUUGGUAUUACCAAUACACGUAUUAUUUCGUGGGAUUGGGAUUGAGAUUGAAUUUCAAUUGUUAUUCGGUAUUAGGGAUUACGGGAUUGGGAUCGGUAUAUACCGAAAUACCGAUCAAUACCAAAAUAUAGGCUAGUGUGUAUU